AUGGAGUGGAAUGGGUUUAAGAUGGGGUCGACAGAGACACAGUGGCGUCAGGCAGACCUCCCGCAGCUGCAGAGCUGGGCAGAGAAAGGAUUGCUGACACAGCCAAAGAUGAUCAUCAGUAAUAUGGACUCUCCGGUGACAAACGGCCCGAGUGGAGGAGGUAACACGGCAAAUGGUCCUACCUCCAACAGCCGCGGCUGCCCUUCGCCCAUGCAGACCAAUUCAAACAACGACGACAGCAAGACCAACCUCAUUGUCAACUACCUGCCCCAGAACAUGACACAGGAGGAGUUUCGCAGCCUCUUUGGAUCCAUUGGAGAAAUUGAGUCCUGCAAGCUAGUCCGCGACAAGAUUACAGAGGCAGAGGUGAAGAUGGGUAUGGAUUUGACAAAUGCAGAGCCAGGACAGAGCCUGGGCUACGGCUUUGUCAAUUACAUUGACCCAAAGGAUGCAGAGAAAGCCAUCAACACGUUAAAUGGACUCAGACUUCAAACCAAAACGAUCAAGGUGUCGUACGCACGGCCAAGCUCAGCUUCUAUUCGUGAUGCAAACCUGUACGUGAGUGGCCUGCCUAAGACCAUGACCCAGAAGGAGCUGGAGCAGCUCUUCUCUCAGUAUGGACGUAUCAUCACCUCCCGCAUCCUGGUGGACCAGGUCACAGGUGGUUCCCGAGGUGUGGGCUUCAUCCGCUUUGACAAGAGGAUAGAAGCGGAGGAGGCUAUCAAGGGUUUGAACGGACAGAAGCCGUCCGGAGCUGCUGAGCCAAUCACCGUUAAGUUUGCGAACAACCCGAGCCAGAAGACCAGCCAGGCCCUUCUGUCACAGCUUUACCAGUCCCCUAACCGCCGAUACCCGGGGCCCCUGCAUCACCAGGCCCAGCGCUUCAGGUUCUCUCCCAUCACUAUCGACAGCAUGACCAGCCUGGUGGGCAUGAACAUCCCGGGCCACACAGGGACCGGCUGGUGCAUCUUUGUCUAUAACCUGUCUCCAGACUCAGAUGAGAGCGUCCUGUGGCAGCUCUUUGGGCCGUUUGGAGCCGUCAACAAUGUCAAAGUGAUCCGUGACUUCAACACCAACAAGUGCAAAGGCUUUGGCUUUGUCACCAUGACGAAUUACGACGAGGCGGCCAUGGCCAUCGCCAGUCUCAACGGCUACAGGUUGGGUGACCGUGUCUUGCAAGUCUCCUUCAAGACUAACAAGACACACAAGUCCUGA